GCCUGUCAUCUCCAUCAAAUCAUAAUCUCAUAAUUAAAUUUACAACUAAAUCGAUUUCCAGAUAUCCAUUUCGAGUUUAUCACGCCGACUAACUGCAAAAAACGUAUGUUACUUGUACAGAAAUAUACAUUUGCUCAAACGACUAAUGACGACCGAUAUUGGAACUGUAGCAAGAAAUUGUCUUACAAAUGCCCAGCUAAACUGCGCUUUGAUACAGAUGGAAUGCUUGUCUAUUAUCAACUCAAGCACAACCAUACACCUCCGAAGUUCUACAGAGAUAUCAGUGGUAGAUAUAUUAAAUUAUAGAAUGUGAAGUCAUCCUCUAAGUUUCACGGGAGAACUGGGAGUGUGGGAUGGCUAGAAACAAUGUUGAGUGUCCACAAGUUGAAGAACAACAUUUAGCAUAAUUAAGGUUCAUUGCUACCAAUAAAAUUUAGAAAGGGGUCUAGGUCCAAAAUAGAGCCUGGGAAUCUCUGUCGUGGACGAUUAAAUUGGUAAAGAAGAGCGAUAUUGAGAGCAACCGAAUCCUAUGAACGUGAAUGCGUAGAUCUAUAAAUGAAAGUAAUGGCUAGAGUAGUGCUAGGUUUGCGCCAAAUGGAAUUCCGUAAUCUCUGACUCCUAAGAUUUACGGGACGUGAGUAGAGUUCUUGUUGUUGUUGUAGACUUGAGCCAAAAAACAUUCAAAGAUAAAAAAAAACAAUUAUCUAAUACAUUAAUUUAAGCAUAAAUAUGUAGUAGAGCAUUGUAUGCAUUCGAAACUUGACUUGUGCACAAAAAAAUAGAGAAAGUCUUGAGGCGUUUGAGAUAUGGCCUAGGUGAAGGAUGGAAAAGAUCAGUAAGAUGAAAAAGGUGAAGAAGCUAGACAGACUUAGAGAAGAAAUAGCGAUAUUAAAAACACUAGAUAACAGGAGAAGGAUGAUUUUGGGACAUCUGUUACGACAUGAUUAAUUUAUAACCAUAAUAAAUAGAGGAAGACCUAAAAAGUAACUAGUGAAAGCGAAAGCAACGUCGCAUCAUAUGAGGAAGUCAAAAGAAUGGCACAGGAGAUAGUACUGGAUGUACAGCGAAGCGACUAAAUUAUGAAUAUGUAUUUAAAGCCUUAUGUUUUCUCAUUUCAUGUUAUCAUCUAUGGAGUCCUAUUUUUAAUCCUGUGUAAAUUAUAAAUUUAUAAGAGCAACUUAUGCAUCAAAGAAUCCUAUAGCCAUAGUAAAUGGACAUUCGUUUAGUAAGAGCGCCACCGGCAUUUAUUACUGCAGUUCCAGAAAAAGGUUGAAUUGUACAGCAAAAGCUAGAUUCAACCGCAACGGAAAACUUCUCUUCCAUAAACCGACUCACAACCACGAUCCACCGAUAUUUAUUAAAAAUCCGAACGGAACAUACAGUCGAGAGAGAAAUUAUGAUUGAAACGCAAAAAGAUAUUGACACAAUUGUUUCUUGGAAAAACAUAAUGGAAAAUUCCAAAUUAAAGGGCCAUAAGGCUCAUCACAUCAUAUCUAAAGAUAGAGUUGAAGUUCACAGAGGCUGCUACAAAUGUCAUGUCAUGUUAAUUGAAGGUCAGCUGACUUGUUUCUCCCGCGCAUUGUUAAUAUUAUGACAUGUCGGCCCACCCGUGAUCUGCUGAAACAAAACUCAGAACCCUUGUCGGAUUUGUCCGAUGAUGAGUUCAUGCAAAUAUUUCAUCUCAGGAGAUACAUUGUAAAGGGACUUAUAGAAGAACUUUGCCCAUUCAUUCCAAAUCCACGUCGAAGUGAUGGCGUGCCGGCUACCACAAAGAUUCUAAUAACGCUGGCGUUUUACGCAUCGGGCUCAAUACAGACGUUAGUUGGUAAAAGUCCUGUCUAUAAUGUGUCACAGGCUACCGUCUCUAGAGCUGUAAGGCAAGUUACAGAAGCAUUUGAUAAAAUAUAUCACAAGUAUGUCAAAUGGCCUUCCCAACGAAGUGAGAGGCUACUAAUCAAAGCCAAGUUCUGUAGCAAAUUCAAAAUCCCAGGAGUUCUAGGUUGUAUAGAUGGGACACAUGUGGCUAUAUUAAAGCCUUCAUAUAAUAGUCAAAUAUAUGAUAACAUGAAAGGAUCUCAAUCUAUCAAUGUUAUGAUCGUUUGCGAUUCUGAUUUAAACAUUUUAUGUACGGAUGCAAGUAACCCUGGCUCCACUCACGAUUCAACUGUAUGGGAGAAUCAUCCACUGAGUGAACAGUUGAAUAAAUUUUACGAUGACGGUGAACAAGGAUUUUUAUUAGGUGAUAGUGCAUAUCCACUAAGAAGAACUAUGAUGACACCAAUUUUGAAUACAAGGGAAGGAACUCCGGAACAUGCUUAUUAUCUACUACAUGCUGCAGCUCAUAGUACGAUUGAACGAUGUAUCAGCGAUUUGAAAUCACGUUUCAGGUGUUUGCUUCUAGCACGUUCUUUACAUUACAGUCCCACAGUUGCGGGAAAAAUUGUAAAAGCCUGUUGUAUUUUGCAUAACAUUGCAAACGAGGCGAAUUCCCCUGUGCCGGAAAUGACGAUGGAGGAGAUUAGAACGGAAAAACUACGAACACCUCAGGACCUAUGUUUAAGUACUGAAUUGGAAAUGGCACUUGAAAACAGUAGUACAAGUCGGGCUCUGCAAGAAGGAGAAGAAUUUCGUCAAACCCUUAUAAAUAGAUUGUGGAUGGAACCAUAAGCACCACAUAG